AUGUACGCCCGGGAGGCCGCGUGGCGCGUCAAGGAAAAGCGAGAAACGGACCGUCGCGAGCAGGAGCGUCAGGAACGCGAACGAGAGGAGCGCGAACAGCAAAAACACCAGCCCAAACCUCGGCAGCGUCAAAAGGUGGCGAGCAACACGGACGCCGCCCUGUUCGCCGCCGAGCAGAAGAAGAUCAACGACGAAAGAAAGGCCAGGCUGCAGAGGGAGCUGCUCGAGAGGCAGCAGAAAAUCCUUGAUGAAAUGGCUCUGGAGGAUGAAGAGACCCAGAGGCGCAGGGAAACGGAGAAAGAGCAACUCCAGCAGAGCCUCCGUCGAAGGAGCGAAGAGCACAAAAACUGCUUCAGGACCACCACUGACCACGAGCUGGCGGCCCAGCGUGCUCUGCAGUUCCAGAGGGAACACCCUGAGCUGUUUGAACGUCGACAGAACAGCAGGUCCGUCCACAGAGCCAAGUCCCUGAAGGCCGAUUCCCUCCUCCCAGGGACGAAAGAGGCCGCGCUCAGGGUGCGCAAGUUCCUUCGCGUGGAGAAGGAGAAGAAGCUGAAGGCGCAGCAGCAACAGGAGGAGACGCGCAGGGCUCGCAAGGAGCACCACAAGGAGGUGAUGCAGAACAUCCGCAGGCAGAGGUCCCUGUCGACCGCGUCGGCCCGCGAGCGACGGCAGACCGAGUUCUUGUACAAGAGCUUCGACGAGGCCAAAAUGGACCAGCAGCUCGAGGAGAUCAAGGCGAGGGUCGAAAACGCACUCGGAAGGAUUCGCACGGCCAACAAGGCUCAUUAA